UGUGACUCUGUGACAAGAACCUUAGAUAAUACUAACAGUCCCUCGGAUUCCUUUUAACAGCUGUGCAGAUGAACCAUACAUCUGAGUAGGAGUCAUUUACAUGGCAUUAAAACUGCGGCACUUUAAAUUAACAGUACAUAAAAGAAAAUCCCAGCUGCACGUCAACAAAGGCUAUUUGUGUGAGAGUGUUUCAGUUACUCUGGGGCCAGGCACCCAUGCAGCUCAGUGGGAACAGGGAAUAAUACCAAUGGAGAGAGUCAAACUGAGCCAGGUCACAAAUUGGAGACGGCAGAAAUGCCCCAUUCUUAUAGAGACAGGAAGAGCAUCAGAGAGUUUGAUGGUCAUUCUAGAUACCAGCACUGUGCCCAGUUACAAGAUAAUUUCUCUCUCCAACUUGGGUUCAACUUCACUGUAACAGUGUGAUGUCAGAUCACACUUUGGCAAACAAAAGUGAUCUCAUCUGAGACGUUGUCCUUCACCAAUUGAUGGAUUUUGUAAAUCUUUUUACAGCUUAAAAAACGACGAGGAAUCUGUCUGGGAAUUCAAACACAACACACCAGUUUUGCUGUCUCUGUCUAUGUAUUUAAGAAGUGGAGCAAGGGAUUCAAUCGACCAUCCUUCCUGCUCGGACUGUGGGGAGGGAUUCACUCGGUCGUUUGACCUAAUGGCUCACCAGCAAGUUCACACUGGGGAGAGGCCAUUCAUCUGCUCAGACUGUGGGAAGGGAUUCACUAAAUCAUCUCACCUACUAAGUCACCAGUCAGUUCACAAUGCAGUGAGGGAUUUCACCUGCUCAGACUGUGGAAAGGAAUUCACUCGAUCAUCCAACCUACAGAGACACCAUCGAGUUCACACUGGGGAGAAGCCGUUCACCUGCUCAGACUGUGGAAAGGAAUUCACUCGAUCAUCCAACCUACAGAGUCACCAGCGAGUUCACGCUGGGGAGAAGCCGUUCACCUGCUCAGACUGUGGGAAGGGAUUCACACAGGCAUCUCACCUACUGAGACACCAGUCAGUUCACACAGGAGAGAGACCGUUCACCUGUUCAGACUGUGGGAAGACAUUCACUCAGUUAUCCAACCUACAGAGUCACCAACGAGUUCACACCGGGGAGAAGCCAUUCACCUGCUCAGACUGUGGGAAGGGAUUUGCUCAGUCAUCUACCCUAUUGGCACACCAGUCAGUUCACACUGGGGAGUGGCGAUUCACCUGCUCAGAAUGUGGGAAAGGAUUCACUCAGUCAUCUGAACUACUGGCACACCAGUCAGUUCACACUGGAGAGAGGCCAUUCACCUGCUCAGGCUGUGGGAAGACAUUCACUCAUGCAUCCAACCUACAAAGACACCAGCGAGUUCACACUGGGGAGAGGCUCUUCACUUGCUCAGUCUGUGGGAAGAGAUUCUCUCGGUCAUCCAACCUACAAAGACACCAGCGAGUUCACACUGGGGAGAGGCCGAUCACUUUGGGAAGAGAUUCUCUCAAUCAUCUCAGCUGAAUGUGUAUCAUUGCGUUCACACUGGGGAGAGGCCGUUCACCUGCUGUGAAUGUGGGAAGGGAUUCACUCAGUAAUCUAAACUUGUGAUGCACUACCGGGUUCACACUACGGAGAAAGUUUAAGCUGCAUGCUGGACAUUUGUCAACACAAAAUAAUCUGCAGAUGCUGGGGUCAAAGCAACACUCACAACGCGCUGGAGAAACUCAGCAGGUUAAAAAUGACAAGAAAUUUGUCUCCGGGAAUCUCGAACACAGCACGCUAGUUUUGCUGUCUUUGGCCAGAUAUUUAAGAAGUGGAGCAAGGGAUUCACUCGAUCAUCCUUCCUGCUCAGACUGUGGGGAGGGAUUCACUCGAUCAUCUGACCAACUGGCACGUCCGUCAAUUUACAUAGGGGAGAGGCCAUUCCUCUGCUCAGACUGUGGGAAUGGAUUCACUCGUUCAUCUCAACUGAAGGUACAUCAGUAAGUUCACACUGAGCAAGGCCAUUUGCCUGUUCUAUGCGUGAGAAGGGAUUCAGUUGGUCUUCCAACCUGUGGACACACCAGUCAGUUCUAACUGGGCAAAGGCUAGUCAUCUGCUGAAUUUGUGGGGAAGGAUUCACUCGGUCAGCUGACCUAAUGGCACACGAGCGAGUUCACACUAGGGAGCAGCCGUUCACCUGCUCGGACUGUGGAAAGGGAUUCACUAAGUCAUCCACCCUACAGAGUCAUCAGCGAGUUCACACUGGAGAGAGGCCGUUCACCUGCUCAGACUGUGGGAAGGGAUUCACUCAGUCAUCCGGACUAUUGGUACACCGGCGAGUUCACACUGGGGAGAGACCGUUCACCUGCUCGGACUGUAGGAAGGGAUUCAUUCAGUCAUCCGGACUAUUGGUACCCCAGCGUGUUCACACUGGGGAGAAGCCGUUCACCUGCUCAGUCUGUAGGAAAGGAUUCACUCAAGUCAUCCACCCUACAGAGACACCAGCGAGUUCACACUGGGGAGAGGCCAUUCACCUGCUCUCAAUGUGGGAAGGGAUUCACUCAGUCACCUAACCUUGUGGCACACUACCAGGUUCACACUGGGAGGAAGUUUCAAUAAGCUUCAUGCAGGAUAUUUGUCCAUCACCGUUGCUGAUGCAAUUUCGAGAGUGACUGUUAGUGCUGAACUCUGCAAUUAUUGCUGCUGCUCACCACACCCAGUUCUGCACCCUGGUCACUGGGCAUGGGAGGAGUUUCUUCUGCUGCAUAUUCACCUUUAAUGGGACUGGAGUUUAAUAUUCUGGAUCUGUGACAUAUAAAUCAGUUCUAUUUUAAACUCUGUCUCCGGUACUUAGUGAAUUUAUGACACGCUUAGUGUACAGUAGAGAGUCAACUCAGGCCGGCUGGACCCUGCCAGUGAUUCUGUUCCACGACAGUCCUUUAAAUUCCACCCCUGUGGUUCCCCUCUCGCUCUCCCUUUGGUGAUGGGUUCCAAACAGUCACCACUGUGUGGGUGAAGAGGUUUCCCUUGAAUUCUCUGCAGACUGAAGAAGUCGAGCUGACUGCAGUUCUGUCUGAGAUGUUCUUCGCCCCUCUAACCUCUGGACUGAGGAAGAAUGACAUUGGUAGUUAACCUCCUUGUUCACUGCACAUUUUCACAUUAUGGGUCAUUUUCCCUGCUUCUAAACGAUUGUUAGAAAACACCACUGUCCUCUAAAGACUGAAAGCAGAAUGGGAAACCAUCAGUUGGAUGUUCAACGAAGCAGGGUCAGAAACCAGCGGCAGGGCAGAGUUUGGGGCUCUGGACGAUGGUCGGGGUAAGAACGUAUGAUGAGGAGAAGGGAAUCAGCAGUGGGGUGUGGCAACAAAUGACGGAGUAGCAACAUUUGGAAGCUGAUUGACAGAGAAAUAUUUUCUGUUUUCUGACUGAUGACACAAACAAUAUCUGUGGUGAGGUGCUCCACUGGUCAAGGAAAAUGUGUGUUGGGAGUGGUUUUAUCUAUUGGGGGAGUUGUUCCUGCUUGUUUAUCCUGUAAUAUUGUAUAAGGAUGAUUAUUAUGGAUUGUUCUAUUUGAAAUAAUGUAUUGAUUAUCAUAUAAUUUGUAAGAUUUUGACUCUAAAACUGGAUCAGGCUUGAAUUUAUGCUGCCUUAAUGAAGUGAUGGAGGGCAUUCAUGAGUUUGUAUUUUAAAGCAAGAUUUUGGUGAAUGAUAUUUGCCUCUUGAUUGUACCUGCGUGAGUAAUCAAAUUGAGUUAAACUGCUGCAGGAUCCUGAGAUGUGUUGGAUUGUGUCUGGUUUCUCUUGGCAUUUUCUGCACUUGCUGCCUUGUUUGUGUGUAUUUCAUGUAUUUGUUUUUUUUUCCUUUUGUUGACCACCUUGUCCUGUAUUU